CCACAGUACAGAAGAAGGAAAGAUAGAGAGAGAAGAAACCAGAGAGAUAAUGCUUCUAAUCUCAUGUUCUCCAUUAAAAUACGAGCAGCCCCUGGGCACUUAAUACAGCACAUGUACAGCAAAAACCAAAACACACUGAGGGAAACAUUGUGGUUUCCCAAAUGAGAAUAAGAAGGAUCUCCACACAAGGCUAUGAGUCCGUCAGACCUUCCUCCAUCAUUAAAAUUCUGUAAUUACACACCUGCCACCACCAAGACCACCACCUGCUUUCUCCAGAUGUCCCAGGAAACAUGGGUAGUGUCAGCAGUUUGAUAUCAGGCCAUAGCCUCCACAGCAAACACUGCAAAGGCUCUGAAAACAAACUCAAAAAGGGGCUUCAGUCUAAGAAAACAUGCCGUAGCUUGGAUGGCCUUCUGAAGUAUGGCUUCACUCAGGAUCAUUGCAGCACCAACAACAACUCAAAAGUCAGCUAUCAUUCAGGCAAAAACGACGACUUCUUUUACAUCAAGGUCAGCAACAAGCCCCAAACUGCUAACAUUAAUACAGCUGAAGACAGUCAAGGAAGAACAACUGAGACGGACAAUGAGGUGGACAGGAGAGGAGGGCCAUCAGAAUUAGUUUCGCUGUCUGGAAAACUAGAAAAGAGUAUAGAGAAUGUUUUAAUUCGACCCACCGCAUUCAAACCAGUUCUUCCUCGAAGUACCAGUUCCUCGGUGGAGACUCAUAACAACUUGAGCACUAUCCUUGGCAAGAGAAUUAGUCCUAUAGACAGGCUAAAAGAUCUUCAGGACCCCAAGCUGGAGACAAAUUCUGGUACCUUCUCUGACUCUGGAAGGAACUCUAUGUCCAGCCUGCCCACUCAAAGCAUCAGUGGUAGCAGCCAGAUGGACAACCUAAGCACUUCAAAUAACCACAUGGCACGCCAUGGAUGCCUUGCCCAAAACAUGGACACAUCUCAGAAACCACAGGGAGGUGUAGCAGGGAUGAAUGGAAACUCUGGAACCAGUUGGAUGUGUAGUGGGACUAAUGGUGGAAACAGUUGGGCCAAUGGAUUUAGUGAAACAAACAGUGAGUCGACAAAUGGCAAUACAAGAUCCAUUGGUGUCCUAAGUGAAAGUGUGGCAGCAGCAAUAAGUCUGAACAGAGAAAUAACUGCUGCAGCACUGACGGUUUCAUCCAACGAGCCAAAGAUGGAUUUCUCUGGAAACCAAGAGCUGCUUCUGGAACAGAGAUUUACAAUUUCAGAGCAAAUCCCAACAAAACCGUCAUCUUCUGGGGGCUGUGUCCGAUCACCAAUUUCAAUGGAUGAAUCACUGAUACAGCAGCUGGAGCAGAAACUUCUAGAACGUGAAACCGAGCUGGCAGAGUUACAAACAAGCCUUGAGGAGAAGGAGACAGACACAUGUCAUCUAUUUGAGGAGAAGCAACGCUACUGUGCUGAGGAGAUGGAGGGGUUGAAACAGCACUGUUCUACAAAACUCCGUCAAGUGUCUCAGAGGGCUUUGAGAGCCCAACAGUUAUUACAGCUUCAGGUGAUACAACUUCAACAGGACAAGGAACGUCUGCAGGAGGAGGUGGACCAGCUUAAUCAUGACUGGGACACUGCAGAAAGCCGACUCCGAAUCUAUGAGAGCCAGAAAAACCUAGCACCCACUCUAGAAGAGACUCAGUGGGAGGUGUGCCAGAAGUCAGGUGAGAUUUCUCUGCUAAAGCAGCAACUUAGGGACUCCCAGGCCGAUGUUGGAAACAAACUCAGUGAGAUUGUCAGUCUCAAAGCCUCUCAGAAGGAGUCCAGAUGUAAGAUGGAAGAACUGGAAAAGAAGAUCAAGGAGUAUGAGGAAGCACUUCACCAGCGAAGCGCUGAGGUUGAGGUGUCUAAGAAUGAGUUUCAAAGAAAGAAGAAUGAAGCCGACCUCCUCAGGGAGAAGGUGAACUUGCUGGAAAUGGACAUCAAGAGCAUGAAGCAGGACUUAGCAAUGGCCAAAGAGGAGCAACAGCAGCUAAUGACCAUGAGAGCCAAAGUUGAGGAACAACAGCUGCAACUGCAGAUAAGCCAAGCCCGGAUGGAGGCUUUUGGGACUGGUCAAGCCAAAUCGAAAGCCCAGGAUGGAACAAGUGCCAGUAAAACACUGACUCAUAAUGGAGGGACUGCAAACUUGGAUGCCCUACAGAAGGAAGUAGAGAGGCUGAGAGGGGAACUGAAGGAAGAGAAGCAAAAGAAACAUAAGAUGAUGAAUAGCUUCCAGCAGGAGAGACAAACAUGGAAUAAAGAGAAAGACAAAGUAAUCAGAUACCAAAAGCAGUUGCAGUACAAUUACCUACAGAUGUACAGAAAGAACAAGGACCUGGAGAAGAUUCUGAGGGAGCUAACGGCUGAGAUGGACAGUCGCACAGAGAUGGACAUGGACAGCCAUAGCUCUGACCUGAACUUUGAAAAAAUUGUAGCCACAGAGAUAUGAGGUCCGAAUGGUUUUAAAAUGGUGAAUGUACUAGUGGGGCACAAUUCACAAAAUGUAUCGGGAAGAAACAUGAUGUCACAAGAGAUUUUAAGAUAUCAGGAGAUGCUCGAAACUCAAGACAAUAGCAUCACUUGUACAUACCACUAAAAGCUUUUCUCCUUUUAAAUCUACUACUUAAAUUAAAAUCUUAGGAUGUCAGCCAUGUGCAUUUAUGAUUAAGUUCCUAUUAAAGGUGCAGUAAGCAAUUUUGUUUAAUAAAAUGACACUCUUACUUCACACAUUUCACUGAAUUAGUGUUCCUAAACCAUCACAUCUGUCUCUGUGGCAGCCGUAUAUUCUGUAAACUUCAAAUAAUUGACCACGGUCAGAUUCUUUUGUUUAGCCAUUUUAGCAUUUUCUGCCUGUCAGUCGUUUUGUGCAUUCAUAGGGCAGCCAGUGAAUAGGAAGCAGGUGUCUAGGAGUGUGGCAGUUGAAUACUUGAAUAAUUUAACUUAAAUAAUUCAAGUUAAGCACCAUAUUAAGUUUCAUAAGCAGUUGACAGUUGUUGGUUUGUCAUGCAAGGAUUCCAUUUUGCUAGCAUUUAGAUCAGUGAUCCUCAAAUCUGGCUCGCGAUUGAUUAGGGUUAGAGCUAAACUCUGCAGGAAAGUGGAUCUCGCGAGCUAGAUUUGAGGAUCACUGAUUUAGAUUUGAACAACCAUGGCAACAAUGAGAUGUGCUACUGUUUUCCUGCUAAUCUCUGGUUACAAUGGUAAGAGUUAUGGAAAGUGUGUGCGAGUCUAAUUUAGAGAUUAAUUCAUGCAGAAGUUCCAGAAUGGCUAACAUUGCUUACAGCACCUUUAAUCUGUGCACAUCCAACCAAAUGCUUUACCUCCCACUAAUCCAAACAAUCCAGUGCUUCUUGCCUUAACCUCAAGCAGUUGUACAGUCUCACUACAGGGUGGAAAAGUUAUAUGAAUGUUUUGUUUGCUGUAAUUGCUAGUUUUGCACACUCUCUUUCUUUUUAUAUGACAUGAAUCUUUAUCACCAAUGUCUUGGCAGACAGGCUCAUAGAGACUCUGUGUACAGUGAGAUGAUAUCAUGUUGAAUGCAAAUGCACUGUUCACAAAUGUCCAGAUACAUAUUUCAUUGUUAAUCUAAAGUAUUUCAUAAUUCCUUCACAGCUUUUUAACUGAGCACUUGUGCUACCAGUACUAGAAUAUCAACUUUGAAGCCUAGUCAUUGUACAGUUUCUGUUGGAAUUUUAAAAGUAUGGUCAAGUCACUUUCACUCGCAGACACAGAUUUGUGUAGGACAACAAGGGUUAAUUAAAACAACACAUUUGUACUAUAGGAAAAGAUCAUUUUGAAAUGUAACUUAUGAUUUACUCACUCUUUUGUACCAAAAUAUAAUACUUUCUCUAGUUUAUUUUUUCUUCUUUAAAUUUUUAUUUUUUUACUGCCAAGCUCCAAAAACACAAAAGUUGUUCACUCAUAUAUUCCUUCUCAGGGCUCGC